CUUCCGGGAUAGUAAAGGUCGACCCCCGCAAGAUGGCGGCCCCCUUGGAGCUCAGUUGCUGGGGAGGCGGCUGGGGGCUCCCAUCGGUUCACAGCGAGUCCCUGGUGGUGAUGGCUUAUGCCAAAUUUUCUGGUGCACCCUUGAAAGUCAAUGUGAUAGAUAACACCUGGAGAGGUUCAAGAGGCGAUGUACCAAUUUUGACAACUGAAGACAACAUUGUUUCUCAGCCAGCAAAAAUACUAAACUUUUUAAGAAAACAGAAAUAUAAUGCUGAUUAUGAACUCUCAGCAAAACAAGGGGCAGAUACAUUGGCUUAUAUUGCUCUCCUCGAAGAGAAGCUUCUCCCUGCAGUGCUUCACACAUUCUGGGUUGAGAGUGACAAUUACUUUACUGUGACAAAGCCAUGGUUUGCUUCACAAAUUCCUUUUCCUUUGAGCUUGAUUCUACCUGGAAGAAUGUCUAGGGGAGCACUAAACAGGAUCCUCCUGACCAGAGGACAGCCUCCCCUUUACCACCUCCGAGAAGUGGAAGCACAGAUAUACAGAGAUGCCAAGGAGUGCCUAAAUCUUCUAUCAAACAGAUUGGGAACAUCUCAGUUUUUCUUUGGAAAUACGCCUUCUACCUUGGAUGCCUAUGUUUUUGGUUUUCUUGCACCUCUUUACAAAGUACGGUUUCCUAAAAUUCAGCUACAAGAACAUCUGAAACAGCUCUCCAACCUCUGUCGCUUUUGUGAUGACAUCCUGAGCAGUUAUUUUAGGAUUAGUCUUGGAGGCAUCUCUCCAGCUGGACAAGAUAUGGUAGAUGCAAAUCUGCAGAAACUCACACAACUUGUAAAUAAGGAAUCCAACUUGAUUGAAAAGAUGGAUGACAAUCUUCGCCAAAGCCCUCAGCUUCCUCCUCGGAAACUGCCAACACUUAAACUGACUCCAGCAGAAGAAGAAAAUAAUUCCUUCCAACGGCUUUCACCCUGACAGUACUCAUGCUUUGUGGCCAAAGCCAAACGAUUGUUGCAGUAAUCUCUUACACCUAGUGUGUGAAGGCAAAAGCAAGCUUAGGUAUUAAGGAAGACUCUAAACCAAAAGGAACUUUCUAUGACAUCUAUUUUUAUUAUUAAUAUUAUUAUUAAGAAGCUUGUAUUCUAGCUUGGCAGUGCAUUUUAAAUAACAUCAGUUAAUGCUAAAUGAACUUGGUGGGUGGGGGGAAGAAAAACAUAUUGUACUGUAUACAAAAAAACUGCCUUAUUCAUGGCAGAUUUUUGCCUUUGGUUCACAUGUUGCUGACCAAAAGCUACAAUUCUGUUCUCAAUGUGCACUCCUAAUUUAUUUGAGUUAAUUUAUUCAGUUUAUUAACUUAGUUUUCUUAGAUCAGGCUGAAUACCUAAUAUGUGGCUCUUUGGCUGAGGCUUUUUACUUCUGUUUAGAAAUUUGAUGCCUAUUUUAGGAACCAGAAAAAGAUAAAUUGCUUCAGUAGAAGAGACCAUAUUUAACUUUAAAAAGUGAUAAGGAAUGUGCUUUUUAAUUACGCUCUCACAAGUCUAAUCUUUUGGGGGUUUAGUAGCACUUAGAUAAAUAUUAGAGGUGGUUACAUAUAAUAACAUCUGAUAAUAUGCACUUCAGUAUAACAUUGGUCUUUGCUGAUGUGUUCAAUAUGGGUUAAGAUGGGUUCUUUUAGUUUUCUUGGGCAAAUGUGACAGUUUUAGACUUAUGUCUUUGUAGUAAAUCUUUAGUUGUCUUUCUUGUGUUAAUUCCAGGAGAGCUGAACGUAGUGGUCAUCGUUACUAUGCUAAGCUGUAACAUGUUUCUGAAAUUGCUCAAUUGCUAGACACUAUUCAGGAGGAGCCCAUAGCCAGGGUAGUAGAAAUACUGUGCAUCUGGUCCAAGUUCUCUAAUCUUGGCCCAGGCUAAUAUUUUUCAUAAGAUGCAUAUCAUGUAGUCAAAAGCUUUCUGACAACUAAUUAUUUUCCGUAUGUCAUAUGUUUCACCUACAGUUGAAGAAUACAAAGGAACAAUCAGAAAUUGCAGCUUUUAAAGAAUAUUUUCUAUUUAUUGGUUGCUGAACUGUUAAAAGACGUGCUGGGGUAAUUUUACUUAUAAUAGAAACUUGCUUAUUUUAGUGGUUGAGAUGCUUCUGUUGUCCUAAAACCACUUCUGAGGUUUUUAAAAUACAGAACUAUGUUUUGGAUUAAUGUCUUAAAAGAUUACUAUGGUGCUUAGCCAAUCUUAUCAAGUCCUGCAGAAGCCCAUAUGUUAAGAAAAUGAGCUUUGUAGUCAAAAAACUCAUCUAAUUUAAGCUGAGUAGAGCUCAGCUGUGUUUGACCCACAUCCUUUCAAUUUGUUCUGUAUUUAGGUAGCUAUUUAUACAGGACUCCUUAAGUCAUUGUAAAUAUUUUUUCUUGAAAAGUUUAACCAAAUGAGAAAUAAGGUAGUCUUCAAAACGUUGGUCAUCUGUUUGGAUGUAUUUAGGGAAAGUACCUCAUGAGAUGCACAUUACUUCUACAACGGUGUGUGUGUGUGCGUGUGUAUGUGUGUGUUUCAGUCAUCUUCAAAGGCAGAUUAUUAGAUUCCAGCAGCCUGAAAUCUAAAUAGUUUAUAUUGGAAAUCAUGACUUGGAGACUUUAUUGUUCUCUAGGAUGGAUGUAUAUUGGAGAAGGGUGGUUAGCACGUUCAUUAGACAUCUGUUUAUGCUUUGAUCAGAGCCAGUCAUUUUUAAUUAUGAUUUAUAUCAGACCCUCCAAAAGUAUUUGAGGUAUAUUACAGUUAUAAUGUACAUUACAUGUAUAUUACAAGUAUAUUACAUGUAAACAGAACAAUUAUUUAAAAUUUUUAAAUUUUAAGGAAUUUUAAAAAAUUAAAAGUUUAAAUUAAAAAUUUGUAGAGGAUAGAACUAUGUCAGCACUGACAGAUUCUAAAAUUAAGUGAUAAAUUUAACUCCAAGUUUCUCCAUGGGCAAAGUCAAAAGAUAAUGCUAGGUUAUGUCAGUUUUUCUUUUAAUAUAACCACUGAUGUCCAUUAGGAAGAAAAAUGUGUUUCAAGUUUUACAAGAACAGGGAGCCCAUGUUCUUCUGAUAUGUAGACUUUGAUAAAGAAGCAUACUGUAAUGUUUCAUGAAUCAAAAUUUUAAUCAGAGGAGGUCAUUUUAGAAUAACAAGUAUUUGUCUUUUUUAGUAGAGGGAA